AUCACUUUUGCUUGGAGAAGCGAACGGAGGGGAGGGGUCGCCGCCGCCGGCUUUUGCAAGGGAGCCCGGGGGGCGAAAGCAAAAAAAAAAGAAUCCCACCCACCUUUCCCCCACCCCUCCCUUUUUUGCAUUCAAAAAGCCGGUGGCGCUUUUUAAACCGGAGCGAGCCCGACUCUCUGCAAGGGAGGCCGUUGAGUCGCCGGAGCCUUCUUGGACUUACAAUAUUUUGCUUUUGCUCAGGAGAGCCGCGAAGGAACCCCAGCGCGAAGGAGAGACAGACUGAAAAAGGGGGGACCGAGCGCUGUUCCUCCGGGGCGGUUUUGUUCUCUGGCGCUAUUUCCUUUUGGAAUCCUUAUUUAUUUAUUUUCUUUCUCCUGCUUGGUUGGUUGGCUUCGUUCCUCCCGAGCCGACCCGCUGGCUUGCCUAGCCGGGACCUGGAAGGAACCGGCCCCCCUCUCCGCCGCCAUGCCCCUGACGGUGCCGAGCUUCCCCAGCCGGACUUACGACUACGACUAUGACUCGGUGCAGCCCUACUUCUACUUCGAGGAGGAGGAGGAGAACUUCUACCUGGCGGCGCAGCACCGCGGCUGCGAGCUCCAGCCGCCCGCCCCGUCGGAGGACAUCUGGAAGAAGUUCGAGCUCCUGCCCACCCCGCCGCUCUCGCCCAGCCGCCGCUCCGCCGCCUUCCCGUCCCACGCCGACCAGCUGGAGAUGGUGACCGAGCUGCUGGGCAGCGACGCCGUCAGCCAGAGCUUCAUCGGCGACCCCGACGACGAGGCCUUCGUCAAGUCCAUCAUCAUCCAGGACUGCAUGUGGAGCGGCUGCUCGGCCGCCGACAAGCUCCAGAAGGUGGUCUCUGAGCGCCUCGCCUCCUACCAGGCCACCCGGCGGGAGGGCGCCCUCGUACCCCGGGCCACCCUGCCGCCCGCCUCGCCGCCCCAGACACCCGGCGGGGCCGCCGUCGCCUCGCCCUACUUGCAAGACUUGGGCGCCGCCGCCGAGUGCAUCGACCCCUCCGUCGUCUUCCCCUACCCUCUAGGGGACAAGUCGCCCAAGCCCCUCGAAGCCCCUGCUGCAGCCGUCCCGGGCGCCAGCCCCACGUCCUCCUCGUCGCUGGGGGAAGACACACCGCCCACCACCAGCAGCGAUUCCGAAGAAGAGGAACGAGAGGAGGAGGAGGAAGAAAUAGAUGUGGUGACUGUGGAGAAACGGCAGCCCGCCUCCAAGAAAUCAGAGUCCAACACACACAGCAAGCCCCCCCACAGCCCGCUAGUCCUCAAGAGGUGUCACGUCCCCAUCCACCAGCACAACUACGCUGCUUCCCCCUCCACCAGGGUCGAGUACCCCUCCUCCAAAAGAUUAAAGUUGGACAACGGCCGGGUACUGAAACAGAUCAGCAACAACCGCAAAUGCUCCAGCCCUCGCACGUCAGACUCGGAAGAGAACGACAAGCGGCGGACGCACAACGUCCUGGAGCGCCAGCGGCGGAACGAGCUCAAGCUGAGCUUCUUUGCCUUGCGGGACCAGAUCCCCGAGGUGGCCAACAACGAGAAGGCCCCGAAAGUGGUCAUCCUCAAAAAAGCCACGGAAUACGUCCUGUCCAUCCAGUCGGAUGAGCACAGACUGAUAGCCGAAAAGGAACAGUUGCGGAGGCGACGGGAGCAGUUGAAAAACAAGUUGCAGCAGUUAAGGAACUCUGGUGUUUGAAAGGGACAAAACAAAAAAAGAAUAAACCCCAUAGACAUUGGCUUGGGGGGUAUUACAUUGACUUGCAGGAUUAAGGCCAACCUAAGGAGAGAAAAAGACAGAGAUAACAAGUACUGGUGAACUUGAUGAUUUCAUGGACUUGUUCAUUGCAUGCCCAACAACAACUACACAACAUUGGCUUGACAUUGACAGUGUGGCCAGCCAGAACCUCAAACUGCCUCAUAACAAAACUUUGGGUAGUUGGGGGGGGGGGGCGGGCAGACAUCUCUUCACGCUUGGGGGACAAACUUUAUUUGUUUUUCCCUCUUUUUUUUGUAUUUAAAGUGUUCCCCCCCCCCUUAAGGUGAUUCCUCCUCCCCAAAAUCGGCUGUUGUAGAUAUAUUUACACAUAUUAAUGACAUGUAAAUAUCUUUAAUAAAAAUCUUUAUAGAAAAAUUCUUUAGAAAACAAAAAAAAAAAAGCAAAGCGCAAUGGGGGAUAAUAUUGCUUAGAGGUUGUGGCAACUGGAUAGGUGACCGUCUUGAACUCUUGUGCCAUAACAUUUCAUAAAAAAAGAAAAAAAAUUCUGCUCAUUUUUAUUUAAAUACUUUUUUGUCAUCCUUUUUUUAAAGAAAUGAUUUUAUUUUGUGUUUCUAGAUAAAUAAAAUAUUUGCCCUAAAUCUUAAUAGCUAAA